AAUCAUGCGGCACUGCUGAGCAAUACUUGAUAUUUUGUUGAUCUUAAAAGAGAAACUGUUAUAUCAGGCGUUCACCAAGUGAGUCCAAACAGUGACUGACUUUCGAUUUUACAGCUGUUUCGAUUUGUGGAUUUCUUCGUACUAAUAUACACAUUACAUAUUAUUUAGGAAAAUCUCGAUACUCACCGUGCUUUUCCGUGUGACAUAAGGAACUACACUUACCGCAUUCUGUUGUAGAAGAAGAAGGUUUAUCGAGUGAGUCUGUUUCUGCCCCCGCUCCACAAAACGAUGCUGGUCACCGUUUUCUGCGCGCCGAGGGAUCGCCCAGAAACCACGUUUGCCCUCGACGUGUCCCCGGAGCUGGAGCUGAGGGACUUUGUAGCACUUUGUGAACUGGAGUCAGGAAUCCCAGCUGGGGAAAUCCAGAUCACGCAUGUAGAACAGCCCCUAAAAGACCCCACCCGUGCCUUGGGGACUUACGGUGUCAAGGAUGGAGAUGUGGUGGUUCUUCGACAAGCAGAUAGAAGGCCUCCACAAACUCAACCAGCCUUUCCAGGCCUGCCCCGUAUUGACUUCAGAUCCAUCACAGUCCCUGGCACCUCAUCUUCAGCCAAUCCGGGUCCUGACCCGCCGCCACAGCAACAAGCUCCACAGCAGCAGCCGCGUGCCGCGCAGCCUUCCACACCGAUGGCCUUUCGCGGCUCCUCGCCACAGGGCCUGGACAACCCCGCCUUACUACAACAGAUGCUAUUAGCGAAUCCACACGAGCUUUCUCUGCUAAAGGAGAGAAACCCUCCACUUGCUGAGGCCCUGCUGAGUGGAGAUUUAGAGCGUUUCACCAAAGUGCUGCUGGAGCAACAGCAGGAUCGAGCCAAAAGAGAACAAGAGAGAAUCAGACUUCUGACUGCUGAUCCAUUUGAUUUGGACGCUCAGGCAAAGAUUGAAGAGGACAUCAGGCAGCACAACGUGGAGGAGAAUAUGACAAUUGCAAUGGAGGAGGCCCCAGAAAGCUUUGGACAGGUGGUUAUGCUGUACAUUAACUGCAAUGUCAAUGGCCAUCCUGUGAAAGCUUUUGUUGACUCAGGAGCGCAGAUGACCAUCAUGAGCCAAGCGUGUGCAGAGCGCUGUAAUAUCAUGCGACUGGUGGAUCGGCGCUGGGCAGGGAUCGCCAAAGGAGUGGGCACUCAGAAGAUCAUUGGCAGAGUUCAUUUGGCUCAGGUCCAAAUAGAAGGGGACUUCCUUCCUUGUUCUUUCUCCAUAUUGGAGGACCAGCCAAUGGACAUGCUGCUUGGCCUGGACAUGCUGAAGAGACACCAGUGUUCAAUCGACCUGAAGAAGAGCUUGCUCGUUAUCGGCACUACAGGCACUGAAACGCGCUUCCUGUCUGAGGCGGAGCUGCCGGAGUGCGCCCGGCUUGCGUACGGCACAGAAGGGCGUGAGGACGCGCGGCCAGAGGAGAUCGCCGAUAGAGAACUGGCAGAGGCACUUCAGAGAUCUAUACAAGAGAGUGACGCUGCAGAUGGACAAACUACCUCACCGCAGCCCCCGCCAUUUACAUUACCAAGACCCUUAGACCAAAUGGCCAUACCUUCCUCUUCCUCCCAAAGUCCUUCUACUUGUCAAUCACAGAACCCGACCCUGGAUCGCUCCCAGUCUGCACCACCCACCAUGCAGCAGGCCCCAGCGCCUCGGCCUCCAGAGCGUUCUCAAUCUUUAUCCCCGGAAAAGGAUGUUUCUCCACCUCAUAGUGUCCAUGUUCACCCUCUGCCUCUUCAAAGCAAACCUAAUCUGUCCCCCGUUCCCAGUCCUUCAUCGGAUAUGUUCCAUACAUGUACCCCUCCUGCAAACAUCUCCACUGAGUCCCAGGACCCUAGUAGUGAGACACCGCCUGAAGCCACAAAGGGGGGUGUUGAGUCUGAUGAGGUGGAGAGCACUUCCAUGCAAACUGCACCACAGGAGUGUUUGCCUGAACAGCCCAUGGACCAGGAGAGGACUGAAUGUGACGCAGCGGAUACCACAGAGGCCGAUUCAGUCGCAAUGGAGUGUCCCUCUGCCUCUGCUGAGAGGGAGCAGCCUGACGGAGAUCGCUGCUCCAGCUCUGACAGCAUCCCCUCUCUGGCGGCUGCGCUGAAGGAGCUCCAUGAGUUGCUGGUGCAAUCCCAGAACCGCAGCAUCUCCUGCUCACCAUCCCAUGCGCAUGGGCAGGACUCGGACAAAGCAUCCCCUGAGCCAGGCACCCCAACGCCAGAAAAUGCCCAGCCUGCUCAUUCUACUGCCAGUGCAGCUGGUGCCGAAACAAGUGAUGCCAAAGCUAACUAUGCUGCUGCUGUGUGUGAUGAGGAACCAGCUCAGUGUCCUGUGCCUGACCUUCCUUGUCAGGCUGAGUGUCUGCAUGAAGAUACAGUAGACACUGAGGAAGGGCUAGGACCACCGCGGUGCCCACACAGCUCAGAGGAUAGAGCCGGACAGGACAGAGAAGAGACCUGUGUUAGUGGCGUUUCUGACCCUGAGCAAGAGGCUUCUCACGGUCCUGCAGUGGUCCCAGAGAUCAGGGAACCACCAGAAGGGCAGCAUGGAAGAGGGGUAGCAGAUGGUCAAGCCUCUAGCACUGACAUCCCAGAGACUCUCCAGACUGAGCGAGCUUUCCUCAGCCCUGCAUCAGCUGCUGUUAACCCUCCAGAGGAAGAUUCAAGCGUCUCGUCCUCCUCUGCUCUUCUUCUCACUCAGGCCACUCCGUCUUUGCUCCAAGCCCCUCACCCUCCCUCUCCACAUCCCUUUAUGGAACAGUUCCCAGUUGAGCACAUCCAGAGAAUCCAGGCAGCAGGUUUUUCUGCCAGGGAGGCUGUGGAGGCACUCGAGCAAGCCCACGGGGUAGUGGAGAUUGCUCUGCUGGCACUUCUGGCUCGCAGUAUUACUGUGCCCACCUAGACUCAUGAACAAUCAUGCUAGUCCCAAGCCUCCCAACUCAGCAUCUGUCUUUAUACCUUGUUACCGAUCCAGACAUCUUGGUUUCCUGUUUAAAAGGGAGCUUGUAGAAGCCACAGGGAAAUGCUGUCUUUUGGUUUCAGAGAAAAAAAGACAACUGGUCAUUUGUUUUGGCUAUUACAGAUAUGUGAGGUGUGUUUGCAUGCAGAUGUUUGGGUAGCCCACCCGUUUAAUUGGUUUUUAGCAAUUUGGUAUCAUAGAUUUUUAUUUUUGUCUUGUUUUGUUGUCAGACAUUGACUCUUCCAUACAUAAAAAUAGUAAAUAUUCAAAGUUUCUCUUUCAUAUAUCAACUACUGCAUAAAAAAUCUAAUUUGUCAGGCAUCACCACUGGCUCUGCUCCUGUGCUGUUUUUCAGCGCGUAUUGAUGACAGAGCUGCACAUUGGGAACAUAAGCAGCUCAUUUUCAAAGUCAUAAAUAUUUUCCACAUUAGAUUGGAAACCUCUAAAUUCACAGCAACCAUCACUAAAAUACCAAUAAUGUUUAAGUGUGAUAGUGGAUGGAAUUUUAUGAUUCAGCAUGUCUCUUACAGAAGGUAUCUUGUACUGUUUCUACUGACUGCAAUCUGAAAGCUUUGCAACGUGUACUUUACAGAAUCUGUUUGUAGCUCCUGUUCUGAAACUUUUUAUUUCGUGUCAAAUCCUCACGGUGUGUUUAUACUUGAAAUCAUCCCAUUUUUUUCAUAUUGAGUCUGGCCAUCCUGCCAACGCAUCAUUUAUCCAGGAUUUUCAUGGCUUUAUUUGAGUCAUACCUAACAAUGUUUAAGCAGAUUUCCUAAUUUACUUUUAUCUUGUAUGAAAUUUUAAAUUGCAAAUAAAAUUAAACUAGUAUUUGUAUAA